GGCGCCGUUGCCGGGGAGUGGCAAGGGCAUUAGUUUAAUUUCUUCUAAUUAGCUUGGGUGAAGAUUGGCUAGAACGAUCUUCUCACUUCUUUUUCACCAACCACCCAUAAUAAUUAUUAUGGAUAACUCCAGUACUUAUUACGGCCCGCCUUCUUACUACCAAUCACCCAACCGCCCCCCGUACCAAAUCCAUUCAUCUUACCACCCACAUCAGAACCCAUAUGAUGAUGACUUCCAAGUCAACAAUGGGUCAGACUACUAUCCCUACCAUGAGGAAACACCAUAUGAAACCCCGUCUAGGAACUUUGGAUAUUCUCCAUACCAAGAUUCUGAUGGGGAUAACUAUUAUGAACCUUAUGGAGAUAACGAUGACUAUGACCAAUAUGGGCCAAUGCACGACAAUCAAUAUGAUCCACUCGUCAAAGAAAUCAUAAGAUUAGAGCGGAAGAUCUUCUAUUUCGACGAAGUUUUAUUUGCUGAAGGCUCCUGGUACGAACCACCUUACUCCCGUGACUACACCUUGUUUGCUGAAGAACAAAUUAAAGCAAACAAGGUGGCAAUUCGAGAAAGAGCAAAACUUCUUGAAUCAGUCCGGAAGGAAAAGGAGUUCGAAAGGAAAUUAUGCGAAGGAUCAGAAUUGAUGCAGAAAAUGCUAGAUGACUUCUAAAGAGAGAGACUAGAAGUUGAGGCUAAAGCUGAUAAAUUAGUCAAUGAUCUCUGCAAGGCUGUUGAACUUAAACGCUCCCUCCAAUCUCAAGAUCAAAUUAGGGAGAUUAAUGUUCAAAAAGAGGCUCUAGAACCUAAGACCAACCCUGAAUCAUUCAACCAUCAGUAAGAGGUCUGAACCAUUAAGUGCUGAACCAGUAAGAGGUCUGAACCAUUAAGAGCUAGUAUAUUGCUUAACUAUUCAGAGGCAAAUGUCUGAUCAAUUCAGAUAAGAGGUCUUAACCAUUCAGACUCUGUAUAAU